GGUUUCACCCACCCUUGGACGCUUUCUCAGGAACUGAGAGCACGCCAUAGGACAAAAUAUUGACAUAAUUAUGUGUAUUUCUAGCUACAUGAAAUAUUAGGAUUUCCUAUUACCUUUCAAUAUUGAAAGUUAGCAUUUACCCCAACAUCAUAGAACCACGCGAGACUGUGCAUAGGUUACUGGUUUAUCAUCACCAUUUGUUUCGGCUGAUCCAAGCACUAACGUUAGCCACAACUGCCUGGAUAAAAUAAGGCACUAGACACCCGACACAUCCAUCACUUUCUCUGCGGGCUCUAAACGCACUGUGGCUAGGCUGAAGGAGGAGUCCCACUCCCCGGUCCCCCCCUCUACCUCUACCUCCCCCCUCUGCUGUCCCCUCUUCCCUACCUUCAUGACCAGACUGAGGGAAGAGGAGAGGUUGUUGCUCAGAUGAUCCCGCUCUGGGCUGCCGUAACCAAAUUUGUCCAGACAGGGAAGACAUAAGUAGUGUCUCUGGAGGGCCCUGCCCGGUGUCCCCUCGGCCGCUAGCCUGGCAGAGUGCUCCGUUCCCCCCUUUGAUCCCCCGGCCCGUGAGAUGCCCUCUCCCCCUGACGAUGGAGAGGAUCAAGGACCAUCCCUCAUGAACGGUCCAUCUGCGGGCUCCCACCAGAUCAGUGGGAGAAGGAAGGUCCGCACCAAGAAGAAGAAGGGGACCAUUACGGCCAACGUGGCUGGCACCAAAUAUGAAAUCGUUCGGAUAGCGAUCAAUGAAAUGGCCUUCCUGAAAACCCGAGAUGAGGACGAGACAGCCAACCUCAUCUGGAGCGACUCGGCUGUGCAGCACGAAAAAAUAGCUGAUCUCAGGAACUACCAGAGAAUUAACCAUUUCCCUGGGAUGGGGGAGAUUUGCCGGAAAGACUGUUUGGCAAGGAAUAUGUCCAAAAUGAUCAAGAGCCAGCCUCAGGAGUACAGCUUUAUUCCCAAAACGUGGAUCUUCCCCGCCGAGUACACCCAGUUUCAGAACUACGUGAAGGAGCUGCGGCGGAAACGCAAGCAGAAGACGUUUAUCGUCAAGCCUGCCAACGGAGCCAUGGGUCACGGGAUCUCCUUGAUACGAAACUGUGAGAAGCUCCCGGCUCAAGCUCAAGACCACUUCAUAGUGCAGGAGUACCUAGACAAACCGUUCUUAAUGGAGGGCUACAAGUUUGACCUCAGGAUCUACAUCCUUGUAACGUCCUGUGACCCUCUACGCAUCUUCCUCUACAAUGACGGCCUCGUCAGGAUGGGCACAGAGAAAUACCACACGCCCAACGAGGCCAACCUGAGCCAGCUGUACAUGCAUCUAACAAACUACUCCGUCAACAAACACAACGAGAACUUCGAGAGGGACGAGACGGCAGACAAAGGCAGCAAGAGGUCCAUUGGCUGGUUCACUGAGUUCCUGCGCAUGAAUGAUUACGACGUGGCCAAGUUCUGGGGCGAUGUUUCCGAGCUGGUGGUGAAGACUCUGAUAGUGGCUGAGCCCCACGUCCUCCAUGCCUAUCGCAUGUGUCGCCCGGGACAGCCACCAGGGAGCGACAGUGUCUGCUUUGAGGUGCUGGGCUUUGACAUCAUCCUGGACCGCAAGCUCAAACCCUGGCUUCUGGAGAUCAAUCGAGCGCCGAGCUUCGGGACCGAUCAGAAGAUUGAUUACGACGUGAAGAAAGGGGUCUUGUUCAACGCACUGAAACUUCUCAACAUCAGAGCGAGCGACAAGAAGCGUAACCUGGCCCAGCAGAAGGCGGAGGCCCAGAGACGGCUCUACGGCCAGGGCUCCAUGAAGAAGCUCUCGGCCGCUUCCUCCGAGGCAGAAAAACAGCGCCACACGCUGGAGCGGAGGAAAGAAGAACUGAAAGAGCAAUUGACUCAGGUCCGCAAGCAGAUCUCCCGGGAGGACCAUGAAAAGAGACAUCUGGGGAACUACAGACGUAUUUACCCCCCAGAUGACAAGCUCCUCCUGGAGAAGUAUGAAAGCCUUCUCUCAGCUGCCUUUCAGACCUUCCUCGCCGGCCGAGCGGCCUCACUUCAAAAGGAAAUGAAUAAUCCUCUGAAACGAAUGAAGGAGGAGGACAUCUUGGACCUGCUGGAGCAGUGUGAGCUGGACGACGAGAAGCUGCUGGGGAAAUCGUCACGGCAGAGAGGACCCAAGCCCCUGUCCUCCAUGCCUGAGAGCGCCCAGACGCCGUGCGGCAGGAGACAAAGAGAGUACGGAGGCGACGGAGGAGACGCCAGUGGCAGCAGCGUCAACAACAGCAGCUCCGAGGAGGGCCCUGAAGAGGAGGAUGACAGGGAGGAUGAGAGGGAAGGAGGGAAGACAAGGGAGAAAAAGAGUGUCUCUUACGACCUGGGAGAGAACAAGUAUAAGUCGUCGUCGGAGCGCUCAGGACGAGUUCACUGGAAACCUCUGAUGAAGCCGGUCAAGGCCGGCCUCUCUGCCUCCUCCUCCCCGACCCUCUCUGGGCCAAUCAGACGCUCCAUCUCCUGCCCGCGUUCUAUAUCCUCCCUGGCAGCCCAGUCACCCACCAAUGAGACACGAGCCUCGCUGGCCAGGCCCUCCGUUCCUGCAGCGACGGCCCUCGUUAGGCCAAGCUCCGCUUCUCUGCGCUCUCAUUCGCUCAGCCGCAGCGGCUCCACCCACAGGGUGCCGCACAGUAGUAGUCUAGGUACCAUCCACGCUAACAUGGGUGAUCCCGUGCUGAUCCUGAGGAGUAAAGACCAGGAGACAGAGCUGACAAGACAGAGCCUGGCCGCUCUCAGCGCCAUGAGGAUCCGCUUCCCGGGGAAGACUGAGGAGGAGGCCGAGGCCGUUCUGGAUGAGAUACUAGACAACUGGAAGUACCACAAACCCAAAGUGGCCUCUUACUGGCUGGUAAAGUUGGAUUCCACCAAACAAAGGAAGGUUCUGGACAUCGUCCGUACCAACGUACGCUCGGUGCUGCAGCGGCUUUGGAGGGAGCCCGACGUGGACAGUUUACAUUUGUAUCGCCUUUUCAACCGCGUCUUUAACCGACUGCUCUGGAGCCACGGACAGGGCCUGUGGAACUUGUUCUCCAACACUGGCUCGUCGUGGGAGACCAUCUUCAGUAAGAGCAGCGAGGUGGUGUCGCAGCAGGAGCUCCAGUGUUGCCAGAGGCUUGUGCAGCUGUGCAGGGACUGCCUCCUCGUUGUCUACAAAUUUGUCUCCGAGUCCCGGGGCUCGCUCACCGGCCUCAGCCCCGAAUGGGACGACACUAGGUAUCUGCUGCCAGUGACCUCCCAGUUCAUCAUGAAGUGGCCUUCAUCCAGCUUCGGCCAUGUCUCCUCGGCCAUGCCGCGCUCACGCAGUCUGUUCACCACCCGGAUGGGUCAGUUCUGACUGACCGCCCAGGCCCACCCUCAUGAGCUGUAACCCCCAGCCAAUCCCUCCUCCCCUCCACUAACCAGUUGAGAGGGCUGAACUGGUGGACCUUGGACCCCUCAGCAGCCCCACAAAGGCCAGAGCAUAUGGGUGAGAUUAGUGACACCCUUGCUCUGCCCAGAACACUCCAAUGUUCCAACAGGACUCUUGAUCUGAGCUCCACUUAGUGUCAGACAAUGGGUCAUUCUCAUGUGCCCCGACCCAGUCGUUCUCUGUCUCUCUCGAUCUCGCUUUAUCUCUCUUUCUUUCUCUCUCUCUCUCUCUCUCUCUCUCUCUCUCAUUGUACCUGACAUUGCUGUAGUAUAUCCGCUCACUGUACAGUUACAAGUCAAAGUACUGUAAAGGAAACAGAACAAGGUUUCUUACAUUUAUUUUGUCAAAUGUUCCAUGAAUGCAGUGAAUGCUGACGCAGUGUGCAGAUGGAAUGAGAUUAACAGGUUAUCCCUUUGUUGAGAAAAAAAUAAGCUUUUUUUUGCUGGCUAUGAAAAUUGCUAAAUGUAUUUUGGUGCUGUUUGGAUUUUAUUUAUUUUUUUAACUUAUUUCAAUGUGAUGCUUUAGUUUACAUUGUUUUAACAGUCACUUUAUGCUCCUGUCAAUACAACCCAAAGUACAGUAGAGCGAGGAAAGAUUAAUUUAUUUUAAACAAUUGGGUCAAUUGCAACCAACAGGUAGAACGUGCAGCUGCAGGUUAGCUCUUGAUUUCUUAAAACGCAACUACACUAUUCUGCACUCUACUGAGAUAUACUCUACUCAAGUACAGUAAAGUAUAAUACAGUACAUUAUAGAAGUUUAUGUUUGGGCCACAUUAGAAUAUAAUUUGUAAUUUGACAUACCUUGAUUAGACUCUAAUUUAAUAAAAAAUAUAGGUUUGUAUUAACAAAAUCAUGAUUGUUUUGAGUUGAUUUUAGUUCAGGAAUAGUUUAUUUUCCCCUUUUGAUAAGAAAUUACCACACUGUAUUAAGGCAAGUUAUUCAUGGAUUAAAUAUUGGAAAUGAAAAGUAAGUAUAGCAACACAAUCUUCACAUUAAUAAAAUGUAUAGCGUAAAUUGGCACAGUAGAUUAUCGCUUGUAAACGAGUAAUUAUUGCAGUUGUACGGAAUGAUUGUCAUAUAUUUAAAUCUGUGCUUAAUCUGCUCAAAUAUUAGGUUUAGUUUAUACCGAAGAUAAUACCCAGAGGGCUAAAUAGUCUUGAAAAUGUUUUGCAGCAACAGGGACUGAAAGUUAACAUCGAUAUCAGCUUUAGGGAGGGGUAAAAUGGCCGCCAAUAGUGGUUGCAAUUGAGAUCGGCAGUGUGGGUGAUUUUAGGGCAUAUUGAUGCUUUAACGAGAGACCACCUCAUUUUGAGACCGUGCUCAAUGUUGGUUGCAGUUGACCCUUAAACGUUUAACUAUAGCUUAUAUUUUGGGUCUGUAUUGACAAGUGCAGCACAGUAUAGCCACAGAGUGUCUAGAAUGUUUAUUUCCAACUAGCGAGCCAAGCAUCCCUGCUACUUAGUGAAUGAGUUGACUUUGCAGCCUCACCGUAGGGAGCCAAAAUGGAUUCUCGGAUAUUGUCUUGUUGAAUAUGCACCUUGCAGUAUAUCACAAUGUGGCUGGGUCAUGUACAAGGUCAACUACAUUGUUGACGACAUUGCAGUCGUCUGCCAUUUCUCACAACGUCUGUAUAGGUGUUUAUAGAAAUCUGACGCCCGACUGGGAAGUCGUUGACAUGGCACGCAUGCUUGCUGCGUGCAGCAAGACUGCAAUAUAGGUGAUUUGGAACAUGACCAAGGACUUACUCCACAUACUGCUUAUGAUGCUGUAAGCAGUAGUUCUUGCAUGCAUAGAUUAUAGUUCUACACCCAGACGUUGUCCAUAGACAGAACAACUGCAUUAUGGGAAAUACUUGAAUUUUUGUGUUGUUAAAUCUUUUGGUCUGCGCUCGCAUUAAAUACACAAAUUUAGAUUUUUGGGUAUCUUUCAUUCAAGGGUUUUUCUUUAUUUGUACUAUUUUAUACAUUGUGGAAUAAUAAUGAAGACAUCAAAACUAUGAAAUAACACAUAUGGAAU